GCCACAGGACCUUUCCAGAGUCAAGUGACAAUGGCAGCCCAGGACCAUGGUGUGGGGUCCACAACCGGAAAGCCCAGGACCGGCUAUGAGCUUGGAGACCAAGACCAGGAAAAUUCCCAACUGAGAAUUGUCUUACUGGGAAAAACGGGAGCAGGAAAGAGUGCAACAGGGAACAGCAUCCUCGGGGAAAAGGUGUUUCAUUCUGGCAUUUGUGCAAAAUCCAUUACCAAGGUCUGUGAGAAAAGGGUGAGCACCUGGGGUGGGAGAGAGCUUGUUGUCGUGGAUACGCCUGGUGUUUUUGACACUGAGGUACCAAAUGUUGACACGCAAAAAGAGAUCGCUCGCUGUGUUGCCCUGACCUCCCCAGGGCCCCAUGCUCUGCUCCUGGUGGUCCCAUUGGGGCGCUACACCGUGGAAGAUCAUAAGGCUACACAGAAGAUUCUAAGCAUGUAUGGAAAUGAGGCUAGAAAAUUCAUGAUUCUCUUGCUCACCAGGAAGGAUGACUUGGAAGACACCGAUAUCCGUGAGUACUUAAAGUCAGCUCCUGAAGGCAUUCAAGAACUGAUCCGUAAGUUCGAGGGUCGUUACUGUUUGUUCAACAACAGAGCAUCAGGAGCUGAACAGGAGGACCAGAGGACACAGCUGUUGACCUUGGUCCAGCGCAUGGUGAUGGAAAAUGGAGGAAGAUGCUUUACCAACAAGAUGUACGGAAGUGCCGAGAAAGAGAUUCAGAAACAAACCCGGGAGAAGCAAGAGCUUUACAGACAGGAGUUGGAGAGAGAGCUAGCGCGGAUAAGAGAUGAGUAUGAAGAGCAGAUUAGAGACCUGAAAGAUCAGCUGGAGAGGGAGAGGAGAAAGGCACAGAUGGAGAGGGAGUUCACCAGAACAGAGGCUUACUACACAGAGAGACAGCAAAAUGCUAGGAGGGAAGUGGAGAACCAAAACGCGAUACUUGAAAUGAUCUUAAAAAUAUGGAAGCUUGCUUGCUUCAUUAUCAGUCAGUUUAUGCAAGAUGACUAAGACCUGGUCUGUAAGACUAGACCUCAUCUGCUUUCUGCAUUUGUUCCUGAUAACCCUGCCCACCCCUCACUGUCCAAAUGCUCUGCUUUCCGUCCUCCAGAACUAAGAGUAAAAGGCACCUUUGGCAGUUGGCAGAUGUAUAAUUGACUCAGCAAAAAAACCCGACCAAUCAUCUAGUACAACUCAAAUCAGAUGUAUUAAUGCUCACCACUUUUGCGUUCUUCCUCAGAGAAAGUCACCCAGGA